AUGCAAGAUCUCAGCGCUCUUACCAUUCCACUGAGCUGCCUUGCUAUCGGCCUCUGUGUGGCAAGCCUGGUGGUGCCCUACUGGAAUUGCGGUGGCUUCUUCACCACCUGCGUCUUCACAAUCAUCCACCUAGUGGUGAUGGGCCUGCUUCUGGGCGGUCUGGUGAUUUUUGCUUUGGUUUUCCUGAUAGACCUAUUCAAGACCUGCCGAAAUUCCUGGAUCCCCGAUCCCUUGUGCAAUUCCUGCAAAGUCCUCCUGGCCGCAGUGGGUGCCGCAUGUCUCCUGGGUGGGAAUCUCCUCUAUGCUGCCAUAUACAUCAAGUCCACGUCCUACAUAAUGUCCUUCGCUGGAUCCGUCGUAGCUGUUCAUGUGGUUCUGAUAUCCCUAUUCUCUAGUAAAUGUUUACAAGGCCAAUAA